UUUUAAAAAAGUGAUUUAGAUAUCGGUUUCUUUCACAAAAAAAAAAAUGUAAAGGUCAUACCUAGAUUUAAAAAAAAAUUAAAAAUAAAAAAGUGUUCAAUAUAGUCAAUUUCAUAAUUAAGAAAAACUAUUGAGAUAGAAAAACAGCAUAUUUUUUCAACAUUGACAUAAGAGAAAGGAUCUGGAGUUCGUACCUGUGUAGUGGUUCGUGAAACAAUUUAUAAAUAUCUGUGUAGCUGAAAGUAAAAAUAGCAAACGAAAACCUCGCUGUGUGCAGUAUAGUGCUCAUACACGGUAAAGAGAUGUCCUGGGAAAAUGAUGUGGUAUUGGAGUACAUAAACCUGUUGUAUUAUAUAUAAAGGACAGUACGCAUGCAGUGAAAUUUAAUAUAAGCUUUACAUUCACAUUAAAAUAUAUAUACCUAAGUAGUAUAAUAUAUACAUUAAAAAAAGAGAGAUUAUUUUGAAAAACAAUUCAAAUUAAAAUAUUUUACAUACAACUUAUUCUUAAGUGUAAUUGGCUGAAGAGUAUACAGACAAUGACCAUGACUGCAAUUUGUUUUGUUUGUAACCUUCCUAUUAUGUCACAUCAAGUCGGUUUGGUCUGGCAAGGCGGAAACGGUUGGGAUGACAUGGUGAGGGAACAACUAGAAGAAUCAACUUUGAAACAAAGGUUAGGUGGAAGACGAGAUUCUGCUGCUCAAAUUGAUGGAUCGUCGCCACCUCCGGACAUUUCUCCCCCGCCCUUGAGUAACCGACGAAGACGUAGCUCGCUGGCUCAAUUGACCGAUAUUUUGCGUGAAUGGAGUGGUGGUGGCUCAAAACGUUCCCAAAAACCUCAAUUAAACAGAAGAGAGACGUUAGCAGAUCUGGCAAGAAGUUUACCGUGGGGUCGAAACAAUAACGAAAACAAUAAUACUGGUCCUUCGUUAAAAAAGCGUCGAGAAUCGAGUGCGGACUCAGGUAUUAAAAGUAUGAAGUCGAGGAGGGACUCACAUGCAUCAGAGUUAAUUAAGCCUUGGAUACGACAUGAGAGUCCAAGUGAAAAAGAAGACACAGCUCUAGCUAAUGAAUACUACAAUAAAAUUAACUCUCGAAGAGGAUCUGGCGAUUCAGGACAAAGAACAUCAAGGAGAGAUUCUCAAGUAUAUCCAAACACAAUAACCCCUCGAAAUAAUACGAGGAAAAAGCGUGAUUCUCUCGCGGCUACAGAUAUACCUAAUUUUCGUCAGGAGCAACGUCCAUCUACAAGCUCAACUGCUUCAGAUAGUGCUUCACAAAAUUUUCAAAGCGGUUUGGUUGACACAGGAUGUCAGGCUCUUCCAACUCCAAUCAUGGUGGUAAGUUCAGUAACUCCUCCUGCCACUAGUCCAACAUAUCCCAAAGGUCGUCGUGAUUCAACAACACAGUGCGGAAGGAAAAAUAGACGAGACUCAAGAGUUGGUGUUAGUCCUGAUAGAGCUCCUCGGCACUCAAGAUUACAAAGACAGGCAACAACUUAUGAUGAAUCAAGUCUUCCACCUGGUGGAUGGAGUAGACGCGAGUCACAAUCAAUGAUUAGUCCAGAAACAGAUAACAGCUCCGAAAGGCAGGCUCGCCGAGAUAGUCUUAGUCCAGAUAGUGCAUCUCGGGGACGUCGUGAUUCCAGAACUCAUUUAUCUCCAGAUAGAAACCCCGAAAGAGAUGUCAGUCCCAGAAGAGGCGCUCGCUUACGAAGACAAUCUUCAGCGGCAGGUCGUCUACCAAGGUCGCCAGAAUCAAGUAGUUGUUGUUCAUCAAGAGAUCCAAGUCCUUGUGCGCGACCCCCAACUGAGAUAGCAGUUCGACAAGAACGAGCAAUACGAAGACAAUCAACCACAGAAGAAAUUCUAAUUGCACGUGGCUUUCGAAGAACCAGCACCACGGAAGAAAUGAUUCGUUGCCGAAACUUUCGACGUCAAAGCUCGCAGAGUGAUGAUGUCGUUAGAUAUCGAGGAAGGAGAGAUUCGUGUGCUCAAAUUACAGAUGGUACGGUACAUUCAAUGUUUAUUGAAACUACAAGUACGUUUUUUGACUCAAGUACACAAACAGAGCCGUCGCCACUAUAUUCAAACAAUUAUUACCACGAAGAAUGUCUCCGUUGCAAUUCUUGUGGUCUAAAUUUGACAGGUCCAAACCAAAAAAGAGCACGCAGAUUCAAAAAUCAAAUUUUGUGUGAUUUACACUUUGCUGAUGUCGCUUUGAUGGAAACAAGUGAUUUUAUGCAACAACUACGCAGUUUUAAGCCUCAAUCCUUGGGUUGUGCCGUAGCUAGACGAAAAAGCUCAACAACAUUGAUAUUUCCGUUGCCCCCGCAGGCAUGUUCAGAUGAAUUUUGCGAAGAAUUUCCCCAUAACUUGAUAUCAACCCCUGGAUACUGGAUUGAAUGUUCCCGUCAAAAAAUAGCUUUGAACCACAACACAUACUGGGACGAAAGUGACUCUGACCAUGAGGAUCCACGAAGUUCAAACGACGGUCACUUAGACCGUGGUUGCAGUGAGCUCUACGAAGAUGACGAGGAUUCAGAUAACGUUCCAAGGAAGAAAACUGCAAUAGAAGAACAGUGGGAACAACAACAAGCGUUUGAACUUACGUCAGUCGAACAAGAGACGUACGAAAGAUAUUUUUAUGGAACUGAACAUUGGAAUUAUUUUACGAACGACGAAGACUUGGGUCCUGUUAUUUUGUCCAUCAAACAGGAGACAUUAAAUAACCGCGACCAAUUUAGAAUACUUGUAAGAGCGAUUUCCUACACUGUUCAUGGUUUGAUUCCAGCUUCAUGUGUAUUUGCUGACAGAUACAACAGAGAAGAAGUUGUUCGGUCACUUGGAAAAGAAGUCAACUUAAAUCCACCAUUAACAUUAGGACAAUUACCAGACACUCCUGAAGAGCUUCUCAAAUUGGAUCAGGUGUUUAUAAAGUCAGAGCUAAAAGUAGGAGUUAUUUAUGUGAAAGAAGGUCAAUAUACAGAGGAGCAAAUUUUGGACAAUAAUGAGAAUUCUCCACUAUUUGAUGAAUUUCUUCAAUUAUUGGGUGAUAAGGUUAGACUACGGGGUUUUGAUAAAUAUAAAGGUGGAUUAGACACAGUCCAUGAUUUGACAGGUCUUUACUCCAUUUACACAAACUGGCGUAAUAUUGAAAUAAUGUUUCAUGUUUCGACAUUAUUACCCUAUGAAAAGCACGAUCCGCAGAAAUUGCAAAGAAAACGGCACAUUGGAAAUGACAUUGUAUGUGUUGUGUUUUUGGAAGCCGACAAUACUGCUUUCAGUCCUGCUUGUAUAAAAAGUCAUUUUUUGCACACAUUUAUUCUGGUAAGAGUUUCGGCGCGUAUUAAAAGAAAACCUACGCGAUAUGAGAUUUCUGUGGUUACACGAGAUGAAGUUGGAGCAUAUAAGCCAUAUUUAUGGGAACAAUCUGUUUUCGAAAAGGGACCAAUGUUUAGGGAAUGGAUUUUAACUAAAAUAGUAAACGGUGAACGAGCAUCAUACUCUGCUCCUAAAUUUGCUCGAAUGCAAGAAAGGACACGUUCUCAAAUGCUAGAGGACAUUGUCUCAAAUUUGGCAAACCAUGUUGAAACAGGGCAAUUACCAAAACCUUACAGAAGAGGAAGCUGGCGCCCAAUCGGUCAUAUGCGUCCCUCUAGUCCGUUAUUGGAUUCAGUUCGUGAUCAGUUUGAAGAUUACGAUCAAUUAGCUAAAGACUUUACAAGAGUAUUUCUGAAUUCCGAGCCAUCUUGCCUUCAAAACGCACAUCUGUUUGAUGUUGUAUUUUUAGUAGGACAGUCUAAACAAAAAGCCAGAUUUAUUGGUGUUCGUGCAAUCUUGGGUGUAAGGAGUAGAGUUUUCCAAGAAAUGUUAUAUGGAAUACAAACUGGAUUUGGGUCACCACAAGUUCCUGUGGCAGAGUUACUUGCUAGACCGGUGCCUACCUUACUUUCGCCACAAAACCAAAAACCAAAAAGUUCGAAUUUUCUGCAAGUCCCAGACAUUGAAUCUCCCCGACCAAAAAGUGUCCCCUCUUCGCCUAUGGUAAAAAGAGCAUUUUCCCGGUUAGGAACUAUCACAGCUGGAUGGGGUCGAUCCAUGAAGAAACAACAUCCAACGACUUUGAAUGUAGAAGAUAAGAAAAAGUGGGCAUCAUCUCAGGAUUGUUCAGGUAAAGACACUAAAGAGUCAUCAACAAAGGAUAAAGCAAGUGCGGGUCAACUUGCUGUGCCAAGACUGUCUGUGUGUGCAGAUGCCCAGAAAGUUGAUAGAGCGAAAUUAGCACAAACGGAAUUUACUAUUAUUGAAUUUGAUCCUGAUACAUUCCGAGUUCUUCUGGAUUAUCUACACACUGGAAGCUGUCCUCUAACUUGUAUAUCGAUACCUGGCUUGAUUUGCGCUGCCGAACAUUAUGAUUUACCUGAAUUACUGCAAGCCUGCUUUCAUCAUGCUAAACAAUUCUUGCGCAUCGAUGUUGUCUGUAGUAUGCUGAUUUCGUUGGAAAACUAUUACUGGCGUUAUACAUCUGCAUCGGAACUCGUCAAUAUGAUUUUGGCGUUCGUUGAAACGCGAGCUUAUGCACUUUUCCAGAAUGUUGAAUUUUUGAACCUAAGCGAAAGCAUGGUUCAAAUGAUUAUGUGUCGAAACUUGGAAGUGUCAGAAGUGAAGAAAUUUGAGGCGAUGUUAGCAUGGGCGAAAAAUAAAGUACAAACAAAGGUCAAAGCAUCUGCUAAAAUUGAUGGGAAAUUGGAAUUCCGAUGCAUUAUGGAAAGGCUUACGCGUGAUCUCAAAUUGCAUCGCAUUACACCACAAGAACUCAUAAAGAUUGUUUUACCUACAAAAGCCAUCAAAAACGAACGCAUAUUGGAAACUCUAAUGUAUCAAGCAAACACGGGAAUUUACAGAAUAAACGACAGUUAUUUGGCUGCUUGUACGGAGCGCUUGACCAAGCAAGAUUCUCGAUACAGUGAAUGGGGUGAAAGUUUUGAUUGUGGACUUUAAGAAACCUUUUUUUUUAAUAUUUGAUUUUAUAUAUUUUAUUUUUAAUGUAAAAGCAUACAUACUACACAUACAUGUGCUUUAAAUGUCCGUAAAAAAUAUGCUUCUUCAUUGUGUUCUUUUCGUC